GUCUGGUAGAGGGAAGAGGUUCAAUGUUUCCUGUUAACAUGUUGUUGUCUAUAUGUCUGGUAGAGGGAAGAGGUUCAAUGUUUCCUGUUAACAUGUUGUUGUCUAUAUGUCUGGUAGAGGGAAGAGGUUCAAUGUUUCCUGUUAACAUGUUGUUGUCUAUAUGUCUGGUAGGGGGAAGAGGUUCAAUGUUUCCUGUUAACAUGUUGUUGUCUAUAUGUCUGGUAGGGGGAAGAGGUUCAAUGUUUCCUGUUAACAUGUUGUCUAUAUGUCUGGUAGAGGGAAGAGGUUCAAUGUUUCCUGUUAACAUGUUGUUGUCUAUAUGUCUGGUAGAGGGAAGAGGUUCAAUGUUUCCUGUUAACAUGUUGUUGUCUAUAUGUCUGGUAGGGGGAAGAGGUUCAAUGUUUCCUGUUAACAUGUUGUUGUCUAUAUGUCUGGUAGGGGGAAGAGGUUCAAUGUUUCCUGUUAACAUGUUGUCUAUAUGUCUGGUAGAGGGAAGAGGUUCAAUGUUUCCUGUUAACAUGUUGUUGUCUAUAUGUCUGGUAGAGGGAAGAGGUUCAAUGUUUCCUGUUAACAUGUUGUUGUCUAUAUGUCUGGUAGGGGGAAGAGGUUCAAUGUUUCCUGUUAACAUGUUGUUGUCUAUAUGUCUGGUAGAGGGAAGAGGUUCAAUGUUUCCUGUUAACAUGUUGUUGUCUAUAUGUCUGGUAGAGGGAAGAGGUUCAAUGUUUCCUGUUAACAUGUUGUUGUCUAUAUGUCUGGUAGGGGGAAGAGGUUCAAUGUUUCCUGUUAACAUGUUGUCUAUAUGUCUGGUAGGGGGAAGAGGUUCAAUGUUUCCUGUUAACAUGUUGUUGUCUAUAUGUCUGGUAGGGGUAAGAGGUUCAAUGUUUCCUGUUAACAUGUUGUUGUCUAUAUGUCUGGUAGAGGGAAGAGGUUCAAUGUUUCCUGUUAACAUGUUGUUGUCUAUAUGUCUGGUAGGGGGAAGAGGUUCAAUGUUUUCUUAGGUUGAGCUAGAGGAACUACGCCCCAGGUUACUGAGUUACUGAGGUUACUGAGGUUACUGAGUUACUAGGUUACUGAGGUUACGGAGUUACUAGGUUACUGAGGUUACGGAGUUACUAGGUUACUGAGGUUACUGAGUUACUACUUUAUAUGAUGUGCUUCUAAGUCUGAAUAUAUUUGUACGGCUUACUUCUAUAAACACGUCUGGAUAUAUUUGUACGGCUUACUUCUAUUAAGACGUCCGGAUAUAUUUGUACUUCUAUUUGCGUGUUGUUGUCUGUAAGUCUACGGCUAAAUCAGCAGAAUCAGUGCCAGGAAGAAGAAAAAUCAAAAUGCGGGUGAGAGUGCAAUAAAGACAGGCACACGGUCGCUGGUGAAACGUAGUGCAAUAAAGACAGGCACACGGUCGGGGGCCCUGGUGAAACGUAGUGCAAUAAAGACAGGCACACGGUCGGGGGCCCUGGUGAAACGUAGUGCAAUAAAGACAGGCACACGGUCGGGGGCCCUGGUGAAACGUAGUGCAAUAAAGACAGGCACACGGUCGGGGGCCCUGGUGAAACGUAGUGCAAUAAAGACAGGCACACGGUCGGGGGCCCUGGUGAAACGUAGUGCACCAUCCAGGGAAUAGGGUGGUAUUUGGGGACGCGUCCUGGAA